AUGACCUCAAGAAUAUGGAUUUCUAAUUCAAAGACAGUGAUGGAAUGCAUUCCUAUUGAAGCUAGAGCAGCAAAAAUAAACAUAAACAUGGAGAACUUACCUACAGUGAAAACACUGGGCGUAUCUUGGGAAGCAGCCGAAGAUAUGUUUACAUUUAGUUACACUCUACCAUCAGAACCAGUUACGAAUAAACGACUGCUCUUAAAGUACAUCUCAAAACUCUUCGAUCCACUUGGAUUCUUGUCUCCUUUUGUUAUUCGAGCAAAAAUAUUAUUUCAAGAACUAUGGACGUCAGGAGAAGAUUGGAAUGAAACGCUACCAGAUAAAAUAAAACAAAAAUCGGAUAUCUGGUUUAACAAACUGACAAGUAUUCACCAAUGUAAAAUACCACGUUGUUUACGUAUCAAAAACAAUGAUAAAAUCAUUUAUUCAAUUCUUCACGUACUUGUCGAAGCUUCACAAACUGCUUUUGGAACAGUAUGUUAUUUACUUCAUGGUUAUGAAUUUGGUGGAACGUCAAGUUCUUUUGUUUCGUCAAAAACUCGUUUCGCUCCAUUAAAUUCAAUUAGCAUUCCCAGAUUGGAGUUAAUGAGUGCAGUAUUAGAAUUAAAGCUUGCGCUCUCCGUCGUAGAAGCUUUGCCUUGCACAAUAAAAAUGGAGAAUGUUAUUUUCUGGUCGGAUAGCUUGAAUACCUUAUCCUGGAUUAAAAAUCCAAGUAGAAGAAUUAAGACCUUCGUUGCAAACAGAGUUGGAGAAAUCCAGUCUCAUUCAAAUUCAAAACAAUGGCGUUACGUACCAACAGGAAAAAACCCUGCGGAUUUGUCAUCUAGAGAAGUAAAUAUAAACAACUUUCAAAAAAGUAACUUGUGGUGGACUGGGCCUGAUUUCAUCCAACAAGAGGAAUCCCAAUGGCCAACCAAGGUAUUGAAAGAUAUCGAAGAUAAAUUAAUUCUAGAAGUAAAGAACACUUAUACUUUGAUGGCUAUUAAAUCCGAAGAAAAUGGCGAUGACUGGCGAUUGGAACCAACCCGCUACUCUAGUUGGAGAAGGUUAACACGAGUUUUAGCCUGGGUACGAAGGUUCCAACAUAACUGUUUUAAAAAAUGUUUAUCAUCAGGAACACUCUCAACUGAGGAAAUUAACGAUGCAGAAACAGAAUUAAUUAGCAGAACAGCAUAUAUGUGGUGUAACGAAGCAGAACAGCAUAUAUGUGGUGUAAAUCACAUCUUGGCGGAGUUGUCUACAAAGUAUUGGGUAGUAUCUGGAAGAGAAGAGAUAAAAAAAUGGAAAGCAGAGUGUGCAGAAUGCAAACGAAGAAAAGCAAAGUUAGCAACGCAGAUUAUAGCAUCAUUACCAACGAAACGUUUGCAGUUUAGUAUGAAAGCCUUUGAAAGGAUGAGCAGUCGAAGAGGAACGCCAAAAGAAAUGAUAUCGGACAAUGGAGGCAACUUUGUAUUAGCAAACAAAAAGCUGCGAAGUUUCACUGAUGACGAAAAGAAAAGAAUAAACGAGGCAACAAGCCAUGUUGGUAUUAAAUGGCAUUUUAAUCCAACUGCAGCUCCUCAUUUCAGAGGAGUUCAUGAGAUCAAGAUAAAACCCGCAAAACGAGCAAUUUAUUCCCAACUGGGAAAUGCGGAUAUUACUGACGAAGAACUUAUUAGAGCGUUUGCUGGGGCAAAAGAACUUAUAAACUCACGACCAUUAAGUUAUCAAUCGAGUGAUCCUAAAGACUGCUCACCCCUUAGACCAAAUCAUUUUUUAUUUGGACAAUUAGGUGGUAAGUUCGCCGCUGAUGCAGUGGAUACUACUUCAUUCAACCCGAAAAGAAGAUGGCGACGAGUCCAAGAAUAA